AUGGCAGGCUCACUCUACCAAACGGUCAAGUUCUACUUGAAAUCAGUUGUUUUCGGCACACUUAUUGCCGGUUGUGCACUUUAUGGGGUUAUUGCAUCGAUAGUGUUGAGACUUGUGGGCAAAGUUGAUUACGCACAAUAUACGGUCGCUAGAGCCUUCUUUUAUUCUUUGAAACUCGUCCUCGGUAUCAAUAUAAAGAUCAAGAAUGAACACUACUUGAAGGAUUUGCCAGCGAUUGUUGUUUCAAAUCAUCAGUCUGCAUUGGAUAUUCAGGUAUUGGGUAGAAUUUUCCAACGUGGUUACACUGUGACAAGCAAGAAGUCAUUAGCCUACGUACCUUUUUUGGGAUGGUUCAUGGCUCUUAGUGGCACUUUUUUCUUAGACAGGGCUAGAUCGAGCAAAGCUAAAAAGGUUUUGGAAGGUGCAUUACAAGUUUUGAAAAGACAACACCGUGCUUUAUUCAUGUUCCCAGAAGGUACCAGAUCAGGUACCGAAACCUUGAGUAUGUUGCCAUUCAAGAAGGGAGCUUUCCAUUUGGCAAGACAAGCUGGAAUCCCUAUUAUACCGGUAGUAGUUUCAAACACCUCUACCAUCUUUAAUGCCAAAAGAAAAAUCUUCAACACGGGGGAGAUUCAUAUCGAGGUAUUGCCCCCAGUGUCCACCAAGGAUUUGGAAACGAGCGAAGAUGUCACCAGAUGUUGUGAAAAAGUUAGAAGUGACAUGAUUGAGACUUUGCAAAAGGUGGGGUAUUCAUAUGCACCGGGUGUUAAGCCAAAUGAGGAUUUCCAUCCACCAGUGCAAACAGUGCAAGACGUUGAAACUGAUACAGAGGUUGAGGUGAUCAGUGAAGAAACACCAUUGAUUUCUGGAGACUAG